CCGCCAACCAUACUUUUUCUUCCCCCUUUGACCCCUUCAAUUUAAAUACAGAUUCUUUUAAUAUUAGUAGUUAGUUAUCAUUUGAUUUCCCCUGAAUUUCUCUCUCUUUUCUGAUGUUUUCAUGUCCCCCCCUUCCUCUCCCUAUAAAUAUCCAUUCACAAUCAUACUUUUUCUUCCAUUCCAUGUUUUGAACACUUUUUGUUUCAGGUUCUGUAAUAGCUACAACAAAAAAACUAAAACUUUAGACUAAAAAUCCCAAAAACAUAAAACAUCAUGUCAAAUGGAAAUGGUACUGUUUUCCAGGUCCCUCGUCCUGUGGUCAGAAAAUUUCUUGCCAGGCCUCAGCCUGAAGGACUUGGAGCCACUGUUAGAAGAAGCAUUGGAAGGUUUGAGCUCAAGUAUUUUGAUCCCUUCCUUGCUUUAGAUGAAUUCUCAGGUGAGUAACUGCUUGUGGCUAGUGUUUCUUAAUACCAUUCUUUGGUUCUGUUAUCCUUGAUUUGAUGAUGUUGUUGAUCGUUUGUUUAUUGGUGUGGUUUGCAACUCUGCAGUCUCUGCUCCAGCUGGAUUUCCUGAUCACCCUCAUAGAGGUUUGUUAUAAAAGUUCUCAAAGUUUUGCAAGGGUUAUAGAUGGCUUACUGAUUCUUUUUCUUCUGAUGUUUCAGGGUUUGAAACAGUCACAUACAUGUUGCAGGUACAGCUUCUUCCUCUGUAGUACUUGCUGUUGAAGUCUUGUUCACUUUGCAGAUGUUACAAUUAGAUGAAUUUUUGAGGCUUGUAUGAACUGUAUAAAUAGAAUUAAGUUAUACAGUCGCUUUUCGCACUCCCACAUUUUCACUUUAAGGAAGUUAGAACCUUUAAAGAUUGUGAUUGAUUAGAACUGAGAAGAUUGCAUGUUGUAUUGGUAACCAGCAUGUAACAGUAAGAAUUGAUUUUGAAAUUCAAGAUUUUUCUUGAAAAAUUUUGUUGCAGUUACAGUAGCUGAUUUCUUUGUAGAAAUGUUUUCGACAAUAAACUCCGAAUGCAUUCACAAAUGUGGGGAGCAGUAGGCAUCAUAAGCUCUGCUCACUUGUUUAUUCUGCUUAGAAAGUUAUCAUUUCUUCAAUCAUCAAAGCCAUAUUCCCUGAUUAUUAUGCUGAGAAUUUUUCUGGCUUGUUUCCAAACCAGGGUGCUGUUAUGCAUGAAGAUUUUGAGGGUCAUAAAGGCACAAUCAAAGAAGGAGAUUUGCAGUGGAUGACUGCAGGAAGAGGAAUAGUUCAUUCAGAAAUGCCAGCAGCUCAGGGAACUCAAAGAGGUUUGCAGUUGUGGAUUAACCUCUCCUCCACAAACAAGAUGAUUGAGCCAAGGUACCAAGAACUAAUGAGCAAGGACAUUGAAGAGGUUACAAGAGAUGGAGUCAGAGUCAAAGUGAUAGCAGGGGAAUCCAUGGGAAUCAAGUCACAAGUCUACACAAUAACACCAACCAUGUUCUUGGAUUUCACUCUAAAACCAGGAGCUCAUCUUCAACAAUUCAUCCCACCCUCAUGGAAUGCAUUUGUGUACACACUAGAAGGGGAAGGCGUAUUCGGCGGCAACUCGAAAACGGCCUCUUCCUCAGCUGUAAUAACACCUCAUCAUCUUCUACUCUUAGGCUCAGGUGGUGAUGGACUUGAGGCAUGGAACAAGUCAUCAUCAUCAAAGCCCCUUAGGUUUGUAUUAGUUGGAGGUCAGCCAUUAGGUGAACCAGUGGCACAAAUGGGGCCAUUUGUGAUGAACACUCAAGAAGAGAUUGACCAAACUAUUGAAGAUUAUGACAACUGUGUAAACGGAUUUGAGAAUGCAAGGCAUUGGAGAUCUGAAGCAAGGAGACUUUAUUAUGAUUAUUGAAGGAGAAAAAUCAUAAUUAUUAUUCUUUAGUUUUCAAGUUAAGUAAUGAUCAGAUCGGAAACACAAAGAAAUGACACACUAUUCAGAUGUAAUCAUGAUGCACUUCAUUAUUUCACAUGUAAAUUGUGGUCUUUUGGAUGUCUUGAUAAAUGAAAGCAUCAUCAGCAAAUGUUUUUUCAGUUGUUCCGUCUUUCACAUAUUCACC